AUGAGUUUUAGCGACAGUUCGUUCGCGCAGAGUUGCGAAGCUUUUAUCUUAGCGUCUUCUAGCCCUACGUUUCUUGCAGAUCCUGCCCCCACUGACUCGCCGUGGACGACAACCACCACCGAACAACCCGCAUCCGAUGGGGCUUUUGACCCCCUCGGACUUUACGAGGAAGGUCUUAAUUUCCUGCAAGGCUUUUCGGACAACUUUGAUCUGUCCUACAUAGAUCAGCUGAAUAUGGUAGAUACUGAGGGAAUCACACUUGGUAUAGCCGAUCACGUUUAUGACGAUCAUGUCAGCACCGAACUCGACUUUCCUCCGGUGCUGGGGACUGGAAAUUCCGGCACACUUCUGUCUGAUCCCGGAAUAGACCUCCCGAUGGAACUUUCUACCUUCGAAGACUAUACAGAAGAUGAGAAUCGAAUUCUGAGCAGCGGCCAGUUGACAGAUGGGGGUGUCACGUACGUCGAGGAAGAACGAGAAAUAGUAGUUGAUUCUGGUCAGCCCAGCCAGGAUCAUGCCAGCCCACAAUCUCUCGAGGCUAGAAUCACCAAACUUGAGACCAAGAUGGAGGAACUGCAGAAGUGGCAGGCUUCACAGACCGCAAGGAACCUUCAAAUUACAGAGUUCAUCAGAGAAAUGCUGGACGCUCUACGCCGGAAUGGAAAUGCCUCGAUAGUUAACUGA